UUAGCGAUUCUUACUAUUUGCAAAGACAUACGAAAUCUCUCGUUUUUCCAUCAAAAUAACGCGAGAUUGUGCGAUCAUGUCCUCCGUGGUCCUGCUAUUUCUUGGUGCGCUACAAAGUACCCCAGCACCAAGAAAAAAACCGUGACAAAUCAUUUAGUUCAACUGGCUUUAUUACUUUUGAGUCAACAGCUGCGUCGUCUACGGUAACCAGUACCGGCAGCCUUCUGAUAUCUACAGCAUCCUUCCCCAUCAGAAAACCGGGACACCGGUUCCAUUUACCGGUCAACCACCGCUACCGCUCCCAACAACGCCACCCACUAUCCCCAAUCCCUCAACCGUGAAACACCAGUCGUCUGCUGAAUAUGUACAUGUACUGAAGCGCUUCUAUUGGUACGGUUUUUCCCAAACAGAACCCGAGGACGUCAUGGUGAAGCCCGGAGAGUUUCCGUUUAUGGUCAGCCUGCGCGGGGACUACGGGCAUUUCUGCGGCGGUAUCCUGCUGACGCCGACGCAUGUCUUGACCGCCGCCAGUUGCUUCAUCCGAUACACUGAAAAAUGGAGCGAUCAACUCACCGCGACGACGGGUAUCUUAUACCAACCGGAAGUCUUCCCUGCCAACACCGUCGGCAUCCAACGCGUCAUCUACCACGCCGAUUUCCAUGAUUACGACAACAAUAUCGCCGUUAUCAAACUGACCAACGCCACCACCGGGUCCCUACCCGGUACCCCGCGGUCCCUGGGGGCCGGUCGUCAAGCGGCGGUUGGGCAUUUGGUGACCGCUGUGGGGUGGCGCAUCACCGGGCCCCAACACUACCCGAUGCCCAGUAUGCCGUACCAGCUGUACAAAACCCAGCUGCGCCUGGCUAAACCGGAGGAAUGCAGCAGCGCCGAGGGUUUCGGUAACGGUACCGGGAAACUUUGCGCGGUCAGCCACAACCUCACCGUCUGCAAGGUAAGGCUUUUGAGCUCCUCGGCUAGUUUAGCUUCCAAAACCCCUUACUCGGUUUUUGAUAUCAAAGUCUCGAUUAACAUUUCAAAAUUUCUAUUUUCUUUAUACAGAAAUUUACAGAUUUAACACAUACGUAGGUAUGUUGGUAUUACUAUUGAUAAAAAUACUUGCCUAUUUAUUGAAUGUAUGUUUAUCGAUUUUUCGUUUAUAAUAUUUUGGUAUUACCAUUACAUAGUGUCAUAAUCCAAUCACUAUACUGAACUGAUGUUUACCUAUAUAGCGGUUAAUUUCGUUAGUACUGGUAGUCUCGUAUUAAUAUUACGCACUCGGUCGAAUAAUAGAAUGGAUGAUGUCGGCGGCCCAUUAGUCGACGUAAUUCAGUCGAAACCAAAGCUGAUCGCCUUAGUCAGCCACGCCAUUCGAGGGUAAGACUAGUUUAACACUACUUAUGACCUUGGACAAAAUUAAUGCACGCUAAUAGUAAGUACCGUUUAUGGCAGUUGUCCGGUUUCCGGUCCCGUGGUGCUGACGGAUGUACGCCACUUUGAUGACUGGAUCAACGGCGCUGUGGAAGCGGCCGACACUCCGCAGAAACCCUUUCCACAAGGAAAAUGUCUGGGUGAUUGUGGGCAGCCGGCGAAAAUGCAGCGGUAGAUGAACGACUUUUAACCCCACGAAGAGCCGGACAUGGCGGAUCUCGCCCGGCUGUGUUACUCUUCAGCCUUUGCUGAUAUUCAUUUUGCCACUGUUGCUUACAUCACUAACGAGUCAGUGUAAUGCGCGUUCUCUAGUGGAUUUUCUUAAAGAGUUUGUGAUGUGCUGGGGCAUGAUUAAAGCGCACGAAGGAAUCGGACUUUGUUCGCAGGUUCCUGCUA